AUGGAAGACGAUAAUGCGAUUGAUAUAUUUAAAUGGAUGUUUAAUACGGAAAUGGAGAAUGAUUUAUUCGACGAAAUGUUUCUUCAGAAUGCAAAAAUACGUGCUAAUAUAUUAGCGAUAGAAUCCCGUGAUGCACCUAUCGAACCAAUUAUUAUCAUAUUGGAACGCGUUCACGUCGAAACAGCUGAAGUCGCUGAGGAAAAAUAUGCUUUCAUACUUUCGUAUAAAACUGGUUCCAUAAAAAUGUUUGCGAGAAACGCAAAACAGAGGGAAAAAUGGAUGAUUAGAUUGUCCACAAGUUCUCAUCGCAUUGCACAAGCAGAACUUGAUGAAAUAAUCGAUAAUUUCAAUUCCACUGUUCCAUCUUCAUUAAUGCCUUCACCUUCAUCGACGGAUUGCUUUCGUUUAUUUUAUUUGACAGAACCAAUAAAAAAACUUCAUAAUUUCUCUAUAUCUCAGCCCAUGAGUCUUCAUUCAAGAAAAAUCAGAUGUGAAGAAAUAAUGUGGGAAAGUAAGCUGAGUCUUAUCCUUCCUCAACAGUUGUUAAAACUAUUUUUGAAGUGGUCAAAUGAAUUAAAAGAAUUUAUUGAAAAUCGUUUGUGGGUUGUACCCAAUGGAUAUUUGGAAGCUGCUCACAAUUGCUUACGGCAUAUCUCUGCAAAUCAAGAGACAUAUAUCAAUUCGCUGGAAUUUAUCGAAUCUUAUAGUGGUCCAUCAUUUCGUUCAUCAUCUGAAAAAUUUCGUGUUGCUUUUGCUAGUGUUCCAACUAAUCUCCAUCUGCAGCAAUUUGUGGUUGAAAAAAUAACGCAUGAUUAUUUGACUUGUGGAGCAGUUUGUGCUAUUCCACUGCGUUUUAUGCAUGGUGGUUUGUCACGCUUGCGGGUAGAUCUGCAUUCUUCAAUUAAUGAUCCGGUAUGCAUUGAUCAUAUGCUUGAUUCUCGCUUUUUUCAUAGAAGAAAUUCUUUGCAAGCUGCGAAAAGUGUGAUAGGCGAAUUAAGUCAACAAGCUGAAAUGGACUGGAAUUUUACGGAACUUAAGAGUACAGAAAAAGUAGGCUUAUGCCUACUUGCCGAAAUAAAACAGCUAAAAGAGAAUCUAGUUGAUCUGAUAGAAUCCUUUCCAAAUGUUGUGCGGCUUAUUGACUUUUUUCGUGAAUGGAAUCAACUUUCCGACCAUCACUGCGGAAAAAUAAAUCGGACUAUGGUAGAUGGCCUAGAUAGCCAGUUGGAUAAUUUGGAAGCAACUAUUAUUAGCUUAAAUACAAAAAUGGCCGUUCUUUGUUCAGCUCGAGAUAAUGAGGAUACAUGGAAGGAUUAUGAGAAGAAUACGAAACAAACUCUGAAUUCAUGUCUCGACAUAUUAUUGCAGAUAAUUGAUAAUAUUCAGAAUGCUCAAUUCUUAGGUCUUAUUCUGGCACUUAAACGAUCCUCAGAUUGUCAGUUUUUUUUUAAUAUUCAGCUUAGAAGUGAUCUGGUUUUAUCUCAAGCGAUUACCAUUGUUUCUACAGCUUUGUUGUCGGCCAUUGAAAAUAAUAUUGCAGAAUGGAAUGUUAAUCCUCCAUUAAUUACUAUAUUUUCCUUUUUGUCAUGUUACGGUGACGAGCGUGGCAUGAUGGAGGAUGCUCGUGAAUGUUGGGCAUCCUUCCAGGAUCGAGUUAGAUUUAAGCUGGUUUUAAGUAGUUCUUCAAUAAAUUCAACAUGUAUUCCUACUGUGAGUGGCGAUCGAUCGAAAAUAAUUGUUCAUCUACCUCUUCCUCAGAAUAUUUUUCAGUCAUUACCGGAAGAUUUGAAAUCAGGACAGCUUUUCACAGUUUGUAGUAUUUUUUGGAAUUUGGGAAUUAACCAUGAAGCAACAUUUGCUCAGUCUAUAGCUGGAGAUUGUUCGUUAGAAGAAACUAUUAAUAUAAUUGCUGGUAGAGCAUUGCAAGCAUACGCCGAUUGUAAUUCUUCUUCAUCUCAGUCGGUUAAGAAUCUUAUUGCUGAACUUAAUUUAGCGAUAUCUGUGUCACCAUCAAACAAAAACAUGGUUAUAUUUCGUUUAGCGAUGAUCGCCAAUUUUGCAUUAAAUGGGAUACCAAUUUUAUGUUGUAAAAGCGGAAAGGAUCGAACGUCAAUGGCAUUAACUCUCGAAGAAGGACGUAUAAUACGUGAAAAUUGUGGUGUUAGUGGAGAUCAGAUGGGAGAAAUGAUAGUUUGCCUCAGACGGGAUGGAGUUCGACGCGAAAACUGCCGUAAAAACAUCGGUAAACCCUUAUAUUCCUUCUCGCCAUUUCAAAUGCAUUUCAUUCCGAAAGAAUUUCGUCCACCUUCUGGAACAUAUGCGCAAGGGAUCGAUAGUUAA